UGGUUGAUAAUAGUUUCCGGGGAUGCUCAUCACCCGAUCUACAGCUGCGUCUGAGCUUCUGGGUGGUCAUAUAUUCGCAAAAUCAGCGCAUUUCAGACGACGUUUUCGAUUGCCGCCGUGCAUGGCGCUGAGACUUGUGGGUAGCCGUGGCAGUGGCGCAGCCGCAGUGUUGGUGGUGUCGUUCCUGGUGGGCGCCAAUGUUCGCAACAUCGCCACCAUGGCCUGGAAAUCACACGGAAAAAACAACGCCGACCUUAUCCGCCAGCUCAAAAAUAAUGGCAUCAUCAAGACAGACAGAGUUUUCGAUGCCAUGAAACAAGUAGACAGAGGCAACUACUGCAGAUUCAGUCCAUAUAUGGACUCACCACAGAGCAUAGGAUAUGGAGUAACCAUUAGUGCACCACACAUGCAUGCACAUGCCUUGGAAAUCCUGAAGGAUCAUUUACAGGAGGGUAGCAGAGCGCUGGACGUGGGGUCUGGUAGUGGCUACCUUACUGCCUGCAUGGCACUUAUGGUUGGCCCCACAGGUAAGGCUGUGGGAAUAGAUCACAUUGAUGAACUGGUAAAUAUGUCCAUUGCCAAUGUCAACAAGGAACAUCCACAACUCUUGAAGACAGGACAGAUGAAGCUUAUUCUUGGAGAUGGUCGUCAGGGGUCUCCAGAAGAUGCACCAUUUGAUGCCAUACAUGUUGGCGCUGCUGCACCACAGAUACCACAGGCAUUGAUCGACCAGCUGAAGCCAGGCGGCCGGCUGAUCCUACCGGUGGGGCCUGCAGGUGGUAACCAGAACCUGGAGCAGGUAGACAAGCUGCCAGAUGGCACCAUACGGAAGAAGAACCUGAUGGGGGUGAUCUAUGUGCCACUAACUAGUAAGGAGAAACAGUGGCCAGGAAGGUGGGUCAGGUGUCGUUAUCCUCCUUACAGACCUCCAGACUUCUGCACUUACUUGUAAAUUUCUGACUGUUGAAGCCUGAUACAGAACAGAGGUGAGCUUUGAUAGGGGUGCUGCCCUACGGAGUUCUGCUUUGCUGUGCUGUGCCGUAUCCCCAACCAACACUCAAGACUUCCAGCCAACAAUGGGCUGCCUGAUACACAACUUCACUCUGCACGCUGAGCAAGACAGCCAACCUAGUAACAUGACAGUCACUAUGUGGGAGGCCAAGAUAACCUCAGACUACUGAGUUCUCAUCCUCAGAUAUGGGAAUAGUCUGCAGUCAUGUCUCGUUUCUAAGUCCAACUGGAUACUUCUUCCUUCUUCUCCCUAAAUAGUUGAGAACUUAACAAUACUCUUCAGAUUGUCUUCUCUGUUGAUACAGUUCCACACAGUGAAUCAGUGGGGAAAUUGCAGAAAUUGCUCAUGUGUUGUUAGUGCCCUUCUUUUCCUUUGACUUCCAUCCCCAAUCACUCAUGUGAACGACUUGACAAAGUGGGGUACUAACUUCCCACUCUAAAUUUAUCUAUCAUCAAAAGUAGUAUUUGGGAAAAAGUUUUACUUACUUACCUAGGCCCUUGGCCCCAUGCAGGGCAUAGGCCACCGAUGACCUCCAUCCAGUUCGAUUUUGGGUAUCCCUUUCCAUAUCCUUCUAGGACAUCUCUAUUCGCUAUACCCUAUCCCUAAAAAGUUUUAGAAACAAUUAAAUGCUUGAAGUUACAGCAAAGGUGGCCCAACCUGUGCUGUAACUUCUUUGUAUCUGAUUAGAUACAGUAGUUCAUUCAUGAACCUGUAUAACUGAACUCGUUUCAUGGUUGCAUAAAUAAUUUGAGUUUCGAAAAGUUCGCACCUAAUUCUACAAUGUGUUAGUCAUAAUGCAAUUGUUUUAUGGUGCCCCCUUCUUUUUAUUCAGGUUUUUGCCCAGCCAUAUGCAUUCAUGUUUUGGAAAAUAAUUCUACAAAAUAAAUGUGCAUAUGAUUACAAGGUAUGAAUUGAAAAUAUUAGAAAUCAGUAUCAACUAUUGAUGCUGGUAGUUUUCCUUAUGGCAAUAGUGACUGAAUUUUGCUUUUAAACAGAUUUAAGUUUUACAUUUCAAGGUAUCUUUGCAGAGGCAGUCAUGUUGAAAAUGGUAAUGAUAUUGACGUACAGAAGAAAGCUUACAGAGUUACACAUGUGCUACUUGAUGUACUUAAAUUUUCCCAUGGUGUUCUCUCCCCCCCACCCCACCAUGUGAUGGUUCCCAGAGUCAUUUCAAAAUGAGAGAAGGGGCAAGGAAUUUUAGGGUGGAAGUAAGAAUGAACACAUGUGAUAGAAGUACAUCUAGUGGGUCAUGUAUAUCUGAAACAUAACACAGUAGUUGUAUGUUACAGCUGGAUAACUGUGCUUCAAGGUGCAGCUAUAUAAAUGUGUGUUAGCUUUAGAUCAUAGGGAAGUGUGAUGGGGAUGCUGGGAGAGCUGUCCAGCACACUACUUAAAGGCUGUUCUAGGAAAAAGUGACAUGAUGGCAGCUUGUUAACACCCCCACCUGCAUUAGAUUUAUUUCCAGUGUUGGUGUAGCCCCAAAUCUUGUUUACAGCCCUUCUUUGGGGCCGUUAAGUUGUGCUGUAUACACCAGAGUGUUAUGCUAAGGUCAUAUGCUUUGGUCUACCUUUUAGUUGUUUAAACAUCUAUUGAAUUAUUUUGAAUAAUACUGGUAACCUAGUUCAUCUUCAGGCUGCUUUUCAACAGUAAGCAAAUGCUUCUGUUUGUACAUGUACACAAGAAAAAAUAAUGGAUCAUUGUAUGAUAUUAUGGAAUGUACCAAAGUCAAGUUGCCUAUUACUCUGUGGUACGUUUCUGUGUCUUCCUGGUUUCAUAUGGUCGUUAGCUUGACUUAGCAGGCCAACAAAUCUGUUACAGUACUAAGUAGUUUGUGUUGAGCUAGUUGUAUAAAACAUUUGAGAAGAGGGAAGGUUUUGUAGCUGUAAAUAAAUUACACAAACUUGUUUACUUUUUUCCUGCUUAGGAGUGGUGCUUCUCUGUGUAAAUGGAAGAAUAUUGGCCUCAUUUGUAAAGGAAAUGAAGUGCACCUAUGUGCAGGACAGUCUAGGAAAUGUGAACUUGUGAUGAAAUUUAGAAAAGAUUUAGCUGGACUUGACACUGCAAUUUUUUCUUGCAGAAAUACUGUACAUGUAUGUGUACAAAGCGAGCCAAUGUUCCUAAGGUUACACCAGAUCUCAUGUUGUAUACCUUUAUAAGAUGCUAUUAAAGACUUGAGCUUCGUAUUGUGAAUGUAGCUUGUGCUAUUCGUCUGACAUGUAGUCAGUAAUCUCAAGUGCACUAUAGAAACUUGUUCAUGCACUGCAAAGAUACAUACAUUUUCUUGGUACAUGGACAUGU